AUGACUUCAAAACCCAAUGAAAUUAUAAGUCAAGAAAAUAAGAUACCAAAUUUCAAUUUGACAAUUAAUGGAAAUGAUGAUGAAGAAAAUAUUCACCGGUUAAUAUCAUUAUUAUUUCCAGAAUAUCAACAGAAGUAUAUAGUAUUAAAGGUUUUAAACAAAGGAUUCUCCAAUACAUUAAUCAAAGUAGAUUAUAAUGAAAAUGAUUGUACAACGCCUUCACAACUAUCGACAUCUUUUCUAAUAUGCAUUCAUGGAGACGUGACAACUACUCUGGUAGAUCGAGUAAAUGGAAUCAAAUAUCUUAAAACGGUUAAACAUCGUGAGGGCUAUCAACAAUUGUAUGGUCUGUUCAAUAAUGGUUCUGUAUAUUCAUUCAUCGAUGGUUGUGAUAUUCCUGUGGAAAAUCUUUGUAUUCUAAAGUAUAGCCGGUUAAUUGCAGAGAAAAUGGCUGAGUUACACUGCUUACCUACAGACGAAUUUGAUACGGAAAGUGAUUCACCUGAGAAAAAUAUGGAACCCAGAUUAUUUUCAAGAAUAUUGAAAUGGAUAGAUAAACUUCAAGAUGAUUUUAUCAUUUCAUCAAGAAAAUUAGAGAGAUAUGAAUCAAUCUUCCCCAGUAAAUCCUAUGCACUGAAUGAGAUAAACACUCUGAAGAAGGAAUAUAUUCGUAGUCCUAUAUCCAAGGUGGUUUUGUGUCAUAAUGAUUUGAAUGCAGCGAAUAUCAUACUAACUCCAGAUGGAAAUUCAGUCCACUUCAUUGAUAUGGAAUAUUGUGACCUAAAUUAUGCUGCUUUCGAUAUUGGCAAUCACUUUUGUGAAUUUACGGGACCAAAUGCUAUGGAGUUCGAUAAGUAUCCAUCGCUAGACUUUCAGAAAAAGUGGAUAAAAAUUUAUUUGGCAGCCUAUCGUAAGCAUUCCCACUCGAAUUUCGAUUUUGAGCAUAAAGAUUCGGAGUUGAAUAUAUACUCAGAAGACUAUUUGGAGUCAUGGUUAAGAGAGGUGAAUUGCUUUGCAUUAGUUUCUCAUUUAUUUUGGGCUAUUUGGGCAGUAAUUUUUGCAGCGGAGAAUCUAACCUCAAUGGAUUAUCUGGCAUAUGCCGCUGCACGAAUGAAACAAUAUCAUCAUUUGAAAAAGUGGAUACAAUCAACUUUCCAAUUACCACCUCUCUAA